UUUGCUAACAUCCGGUGUCUUCCCGUCCAUUAGCAUCCAAGAAACCCGAACCAACCUAACGAUAUCCAUCUGCAGUCCUUCGAAAACAUACAUCGUAAAACUACUUCAUGUCGAUCCUUCAUUUUAACUGAAUGAAAGAUUUUAUCCGAUUCAUCAGAUGCAGGGCUCUGGCCCCGUCUCCAGCAGCUGAAGCGCACCCGUCCUGUCCUCUCUGCUCCACGGCCUUCCUCCUGUCUGAGCCAUGACCACCCAGAUGGAUAAUGAUUUGGUGCAUCUCCGCCUUAUCCUGGUCAGCGGCAAAACACAAGACUUCACUUUCUCUCCAAACGACUCGGCCACAGACAUCGCCAAGCAUGUGUUUGACCACUGGCCUGCAGGAUGGGAGGAAGAGCAGGUGAGCAGUCCCAGUAUACUGCGCCUCAUUUUCCAGGGGCGCUUCCUUCAUGGCAAUGUUACGCUGGGAGCUCUGAAACUGCCACCGGGACGAACGACUGUCAUGCACUUGGUUGCAAGGGAGACUCUUCCCGAGCCCAACUCUCAUGGUCAGAGGAACAGAGAAAAAACCACAGAAAGCAACUGCUGCCUCCUCUUGUAAAGCAUCAGAAACCCCCUUCCCUCCUCCUCUACCCCAACAUCGAGCAAACUAAACAUAGCGCGCACCUAAACAUGCACAAACUCCCUCACUUUUUUCUCCUGCUGCUCGCCUCUUCGCCUGCAGAUAUGGAAGAAAUCGCAGGAAGUCCCGUUUCGGGGACGCUUUGGUUGAACUCUUGUCCGAUCUGAGGCAUUUUUUUUUCUGUUGUUUUUAUUUGUGCCAAUAUACCCCUCCAACACAAUUUUUACCAUCUGCAUUACUUCCUGUAGCCAUUUCCUUUUAAUUUUAAGAUUUCACCAAUACACGCUCUCUGCCACACAUGAGGUGUUUUUAAAAAGCUGGCAUUUUUAGUGUUAAAGACCUGGAAGCUCACAGCUUUUUAACGGACUUAUAAAGGAUUUUGUGGGCUUUAACCCUCCUCUACUAUUUACAUGGACAAUUCCCCGGGUCCUGCUGCACUUAACCUGUCUAAUUAUGAAGUGUUUAUUGGUUAAUCUCCUCCUUCAACAUGUUUAUUUUUUUUUGUCUUUUGGUUUUUUUUUCUCUCAUGUAGUAGAAAAUUUGCCAGACAUUUUCUGCAGAACUAA